ACUUAGCUGACCGCUACUCGGAAGAUACACCCUUACACAGAGCAUUCAUAAUAACAGGGAGCAAUGAUUUUAUCAGGGCUAUUUCUAGUGUGUUUUGUGACUGUAAGUACUUAUGGGCAAUUUACACCAAUCAGUCCGGAUUCCUUUAAAGUAUUUCUUUCAAUAUUCCGGCAAACACUUCUAGAACAAGUUGCAGUCGAGGUUAAUAAUACUAUUGAGGCCAGUAAUGAACUGACGCCUUUAGUAGACGCUUGUAAACUCAAAAUAGAGUCACAAGUAAACUUAUGCAAGUCAUGUGCACUGAGUAAAUGCAAAAAAUCGCCGACAUUCCUAGACAUUUUGAAUCUCGCGAAUCCACAUACAAAUCUGAAGGGAACACUAGAUGAAAUAGGCAAGAAAGUUGAUGUUGCUGUAGAAUUAAUUGGAGACAAAGCAGGUGGUUUUAUCAACUUCUUCAAAGACCUAAGCACUGCUUUCAAGUCGCUCAAGUUGCCGCAAGAAGACUUUGAGUUUCUUUUUAAACAAAUACAAAUCGGAAUUCAAAAAGCUGCGGAUAGUCUGAAAAAGCUUGACAAAGACAUCAACGAUUUCAAAAUCAAUACUGCCUCACUCAUUGGAGAUAAACUGAAAGAUUUGAAAGAUAUCUUCGGAAAACGACGAAGGAAGCGCGAAGUGAUUGAUCCAAAGGUUAAACAAUGCAUGCAGCAAUGUGCAUCCUGUAGACCGCUACUGCUUCCAACAGAAAAUGAAGUUCUCACAGCAGUUUGUGGCAGUGCAAUAGUAGCCAAGAACAACACUCUGCAAAACCAACUGAAGAAAAUACAAAAUGUCUACGCCCAUACACUGGAUAAAGUUAAUCCCAUUGUGAAAUCGGAGACAGAGAAUGAAGAGAGUGAUAAUGAUGAUUGUAUAAUAAAAGAUAUCGAUACUUCUGGCAAGGAUUAUGAUCAGGAUUGUGAUGACAGUAUUAUUCAUUACGGGAUAAUUUUGUUCACUUUAAUGAUCUCGAUGACAACAAUGGUUAUUGUAGUGGAAGAAAUGAUGCCAGAAGUUGAAGCUGACUUCAGUUCCAUGCAAGGACUUAAGGUGACAAAAGUGCGAAUAACCGUGUUCAAGAAUGGCGCGUACACUGCCUACCUGACGGGGGUUCCAGUUUACCUAACUGAUCUGGCCGUCGCGCCAGCUAAAACCAUGGCUCUUGAAUACUGGCUCAAGUUUUGA